AUGAGGCGCCGGGGCCUCUCCUUCAGCGCGGCGCUGGCGGCCGCCGCCGCUUCCGCGGCGAGGAAGGCCGCGCGCGCGGGGCGCGGCUUGACGCGCGAGGUGGACAAGAGCCCUCUGGACAAUCGCCUCUACGAGCCCUUUACGCUGCCCAACGGCCUGCGCGUGCUGCUCUGCAGCGAUCCGAGCGCGGACCGCGCGGCAGCGGCGCUCGACGUGCAUGCAGGCUACUUCAAUGACCCGGCCACGGUGCCGGGCCUCGCGCACUUCUGCGAGCACAUGCUCUUCCUGGGCACCGAGCCUUUUCCGGAGGAGAACAGCUUCGACACCUACCUCACGGCCAACGGCGGCUUCUCCAACGCCUUCACCGAGGCUGAGGACACCUGCUUCUUCUUCUCCUGCGGCGUCUUGGCGCUGAAAGGCGCGCUCCAGCGCUUCGGCGCCUUCUUCCAGCAGCCCCUCUUCACUGCCAGCGCCACCGGCCGCGAGGUGAAUGCCAUCAACAGCGAGCACCUCAAGAACGUGCCCAAUGAUGUCUACCGCCUCGGCCAGGUGUUGAACAGCCGCGCCAACCCUGCGCACCCGUACCACAAGUUCGGGACCGGCAACACCAAGACCCUCCUAGAAGACACCUCCGCGCAAGGCAUCGACCUUCGAGGAGAGCUCUUGGAGUAUUACCAUCGUUUCUACCGGGCGCCGCUGAUGACGUUGUGCAUCAUCGGCCGCGAGUCCACAACAGAGCUGCGGCGUUAUGCCGAGUCCUUCUUCGGCGGCAUCCCCGGUGGAGGUCCAGACGACCCUGCGGCGGCCUAUCGAAACGAGGCCUUGUUCCUGCCCGAGGCCUUUCAACAAGGUGCUGAAGCAGUGCCCAUCUCGGACGCGCGGUCCCUGCAGGUGGUUUUCCCGGUGCAGUUCCUUCCGGAAAGCCCCACGUUCGAGCGGGACAUGGCGCCGCCGGCGCCUGCCGAGGGUAUGAACCUCUCGAGCUGGCGCUGGUACAAUCCCAGCUCCCACGUGGGGGCUGUCUUGGGCCACGAGGGCCCACAGAGCCUCUGCGCCCUGCUGCGGCGGCGAGGCUGGAUCACGGCCUUGGAUGCAGGGAGCGCCGACAACACCGAGACCUUCGCCAUGAUGAGCCUUGGCUGA